AUGCAUAAAAAAAGCAAUGAUCAAUUAGAAGACCUUUUGCACAAGAGUCUAAAGGGUAUGAAAUAUCUCAUUGUACUCGAUGAUGUGUGGGAUACCAAGGUCUGGAAUGAUGUGAAACGGAUGUUUCCAAAUGAGAACAAUGGAAGUCGAAUCAUUCUGACUACUAGGCUAGAAAAUGUUGCUGAUUAUGCUAACUCUUGGCCUCCUCUUCAUCGCAUGCAUUUUCUAAAUGAUAAUGAGAGCUGGAAUUUAUUUUGUGACAAGGUGUUUGGUAAAAGUCAUUGCCCUUAUGAAUUGGAGGAAAUUGGGAAGAAAAUGGUCCAAAAUUGUCGAGGUCUUCCACUCACAGUUGUUGUGAUUGGAGGGCUUCUCUCGAAGGCUAAUAGAACACAAUAUUACUGGACAAAUGUUGCAGAAAAUUUAAGUUCCGUUGUAAAUUCAAACGAUGAACAGUGUUUGAAGAUUCUAUCUCUAAGUUAUGACCAUUUGCCUUGUCAUCUGAAAGACUGUUUCCUCUAUAUGGGAAUUUUCCCAGAAGAUUUUGAUAUUCAUGUCUCCAAACUUGUCAAGUUAUGGGUAGCAGCAGGACUUCUAAAACCAGUAAGAUCUAAAUGCUUGGAAGACCUGGCAAAAGAGUAUUUGUUAGAUCUUGUUGACAGAAGUCUUGUUCUGGCGGACAAGCAUAGCUCCUAUGGUGAAAUUAAAACAUGCAAGAUUCAUGAUCUCUUACAGGACCUAAUCUUGCAUGGAGACAAAUUAAAUUCAGUAACGGUGCCAGUUAGUAUAACAAAACUAGUUAACUUGCGGUACCUCGUAGGCAACUGUCUUAAAAAUCAGCUUCUUGACUCAAUACACAAACUACGGCAUCUACAAACCUUAAUUCUUCAUUCAAGUAUAGACUCCUCAUUUGAUUUACCACCAGAAAUUUGGGAGAUGACAACUUUAAGGCAUAUCCAGUUGACGGGUGUGAAUUUACCUAAUCCUACUUGUUCUGCAAUUAUUUUAGAAAACCUACAAACACUCUCCGAUAAACUUCCAGUAUUUCUGGAGAACAAAACCUCUCUUGAAUCAUUUUUUCUUUAUGGUAUCAGAGCAAUUGUGAACACUAGGAAACAUAACACAGCUCCUACAAAUUUUUUCUGCUCAUCGACUCCAGAUAUGACUACCUUAUCCCUCAAUGUCGGCAAUUUCAUCGCUCUCCAACUUACCCCAAACAAUUAUCCCUUAUGGCGUGAACAAGCUUUGGCCCUUGAAGAAAGCCAAGAAUUGGUCGGACAUCUCACAAAUGAAGAUCCCGCUCCCAGCAAAUUCAUAACUCCAAACCGAAACCAACCAGAAAAUGCAAAAAAUUUCACUCUACAGUUAACAGAUGCUUACAUCGCAUGGAGAAAGUCUGAUCGCUUCCUUCGAGGGUGGAUCAUUGGAACACUCUCUGAGGAACGUCUUGGACUCGUCGUUGGCCUCGACACAGCUUAUGCAGUUUGA